AUGUUAUUAGUCGAAAAUCAACUUCCCUUCUUUGUCCUUAGGGAGUUAUUUUGUACGAUUGAGAGGAGUAGGGCUGAUCAAGAUAUGAUCUUCAUGGAAGCAAUCUUUACAAUGUUGGGCGAUAGAGUACCAGGCAAAAGGCGCCCGAGAGACGAUCUGAAGUCCCCGAAUUUAUCAUAUAUCAGGCGUAUACUCGACUUCAUGUAUCACUGUUGCUUUCAUUCUUCAACUUCCAAAGUGAAGGCCCGUAAAAAGAAACUCAGAGACGAUAACUCAACUUCAGAAGUGAAGAACCAGCUCAAAGAGGCUGGAAUCAAAUUCAAAUUGGUUGAUGGAAAUACCAUGUUCGAUAUAUGGUUUGAAAAUGGGACUCUACAUAUCCCCGAAAUUAAAAUAGGAGACGAUACGGAACCUUUCCUCCGAAAUCUCAUUACCUAUGAGCAGCUGUUAGCAGACAGAGAUCUCAAGCAUGCCACUGAUUAUAUGUUAUUUAUGGACUACCUUAUUGACUCUCCAAAAGAUAUGGAAACACUUUGCCAACAUGGAAUUAUUAAGAACAUGUUAGGUGAUGAUAAAGCAGUUGCCACCACGAUUAAUUGUCUAGGCUUCGGUGUCAUCUUUUCCCCCAAUUUCUAUUACACUGAAGUAUUCAACAAGAUACACGAGCACCGCAUUAGACCUUGGAACAGCUGGAUGGCGAACUUGAACCACAACUAUUUUAACAGUCCAUGGGUACUCAUUUCCUUUCUGGCGGGUGCUCUGAUCCUUCUACUUACACUGCUGCUAACUGUAUUUUCAGUUCUCUCUUAUGCUCAAUGA